UCAUAUAGGGAGGAAUUCUGUUGUGAUUUUCACAUGGAUCGUGAUUCAGAUGCUCUUCGAGUUCAUCCACUGAGGUCUAUGCCUGAUCCUCUGGUUGCUAGGUGUCUUUACUCUGGCAAAGGUUAUAUGAUUCCUUUGAAUCAAUGCAUGGACUACUCUGAGUUGUAUGAAGACAUUUUCCGUACAUUCCAGUUUUUCCCAACUGAUAAUGUUGAGCUUCAGUAUUCAGUUCCAGGUUGUGAAGUCUGUUUUCUGCGUAAUGAUCGUGAUUUCCAGAUGCUGUUUUGCUCUGCCAGGAUUCACAGGCUAGAGUGUGUCGAUAUUUCAGUUUUAAAGGUUGGGGGAGGUUUUAGGAGAAACGGUUCGGUGGAUAGUGGUUCGGAAGUUAUUGAUGAAGAUGAUUAUUUAGGUGAUGCAUUCAGGACUGAAGUUCACAAGACGUAUUUGUCUGAUGAGUGGAGUUCUUAUAUCCAUAACGUCGGGGAUAAGUUUCAUGGCGCUGCUGAGCUCCGUGAAAAACUCAGGAAGUAUGCAAUUGCAGUUGGUUUCGAGUUUGUAUUCCUGAGAAAUGAUCUGGACCGUAUUCAUGCAGUCUGUGCAAAUGUUGGAACGGAAGGUUGUGAUUGGCAUAUUCGUGCUUUUUCAUCAUCUGCCAAUGGUUGCCUGUAUAUCACAGAGUUGAAUAAUACUCACACCUGCAAGGGUGUAGUUAGGACUCAAAAACACAAGCUUUUGGGGUCCAAGGUUGUCAAGACUUGCAUUGCUUCUGAUGUUACUUUUAAUCUCUCAUUGAAGCCAAGGGAGAUUAUGAGCAAGUUUAAAUCAACAUAUGGGUUUGAUAUUUCAUACAAGGUUGCCUUGAAAGCAAAGCAUCGGGCCAAGGAAGCGAUUUAUGGUUCCGAUGCAGACACGUUCAGCAAGUUAUCUUGGUAUAAGGAAGCUGUUUUGCAGAGUAACCCCGGCUCUUCUUUUGUGUUGGAGGUUGAACCAUCUUCAAAUCGUUUUCAGAGGCUUUUCGUAGCUUAUGGAGGUUGUGUAGAAGGCUUCCAAUUCUGUUUGCCAGUGUUGUAUGUUGAUGGAACGUUUGGUAAAAGCAUUUACAAGGGACAGAUUCUGUCUGCAACUGGAAGGAAUGGGAAUCAAGGUUUCUAUCCUCUAGCUGUAUGUUUUUGUGAUUCAGAGACAGAUGCAAACUGGACAUUCUUUUUCAAACAUUUGAAGUGUCUGCUUGAACCUCAAGGGAGAGUUAUCACAUUUAUUAGUGAUCGGGGUGUUGGAUUGUUGAGCGCUUUCGAUAAGGUUUUUGCCGGUAAUCCUCAUCUGUUUUGUUACAAGCACUUGGUGGCAAACCUUGCCAGUAAAUAUAGGGGUAAAGGUAAUUCAAAACUGAUAGAAGAUGUAAAGCAGAAGUUUUUUAAGGUCGCAUAUUCGUCGACUCAGAAGGAAUAUCGUUUCAAUUUGCGGUUGCUUAGAGAAGCUGGAGGUGCCGAUAUUAUUGACCCUUUUCUUUCUGAAUUGCCUGUGGAAAAUUGGUGCCGUGCAUUUUAUACUAGCUGCCGAUAUGGAAUUAUGGCUAAUGGGAUUGCUGAAUCAUUUAACUCUUGGAUUGCAAUUGAGCGUUUGAUGCCAGUCUACAGUAUGCUUGACCAGACAAGAAUUAAACAAAUGGAGAUGGCGGGUAAAAGGAGGGAAGAAGCAGAACGUUGGACCUCAGAACUAACUCCCAAAAUGGAGGAAAGGUUGAAGGUGCAGAUGGAGAAAUCUCGUCGUUUCAGUGUCCAUUAUUCAAGUCCUGGAGUUUAUGAGGUUCGAUCUGACUUUUCAUAUGUUGUCAACAUUUGCGAUCAUGCUUGUUCAUGUGUUAAAUGGCAGAUCAAUUGUUUUCCUUGUCCUCACGGCCUCGCUGCAUUACAAGCAGCCUCUGAAAAUGUGUAUGAUUAUAUUGAUAAGUACUUUCAUGUUGGUAUGUUCAAGAAGAGCUACAGUUUUCCUAUCCAUCCGAUAACAAAUGUUGAUAUGUCUUCUUCGGAUUCAGCCUCUGAAUGUAUAUUACCUCCACUUGCGAAGAGGCCCCCCGGGAGGCCUAGGGUGAAGCGGUUCAAGUCGGUUGGAGAGGUUGAAAAGAAGCUGAUUCGUUGUGGUCGUUGUGGAAAAAUGGGCACUCAUAACAAGUUGAGCUGCACUGAACCUCUCGUUCAACAGUAG